AUGCAGCCGCGGAGCCUCAGGACGUCGGGUGCUGUCGCCGCUCUCCUGUCUGUAGCAGCCGCGGCGCUGCGAGACCCACGGAAGGUCGCGCCCGCGCUUGACUUCGGCAAUGGAGGCGUCGGGGCACCGACAGGAGACGCGACCCCGAGCGACGACGGCGUGGCCAUGAUCCCGGAGUCGUUAGAAGAAUCGGGGUUCUUGCCCUUGUGCGCACCGGAGAUCGUGGAGGACACUU